GGUCGCAGCAAAACAUCCUCAAUUGGAACAGAUUUGUGGAGUAGAUCUACAUUCAGUUCGACGUCAAGAUAUGGUACAGUUCGAGCUGCAGAAUGACGCAUACUUCUUCAAUGCGGACUAUCAAGCACGACCUGAUGCACCGUUCCUCUCCACUGGUGGAGCCGCCUUUUUGGUGCGGCUCUUGCUGCGCUAUCCCCAAAGAGAGCUGCAGGUCUUCAAGUUGGCCAAUCAGGCUUUAGCCUCCGAUUUGCAGAAUGUGGUCCAGUUGUAUGAUGAGCUUGGUCAGGUACUGGCAGGUGGCAAACUUAAACAUCUGGAUCUCAGUGGUUUCUGGGACAGCGGUGCAGAUGCUGGCGUCGCUCUGGGAAAACAUUUGGCGAAGAUUCCAUCGUUGAAAAGCCUCCGGGUGGGCACCAACGAGCUCAGUUUGGAGCAGAUCCGUAAAG